GAGGGUGACUGUGAGAGUGAGAGCAAGGCAUUCUGGGAAUCCCAGCCAGCCCUGGAUGUGGUUGAGUCUCAGCUAUCAGCAGCAGAAGAAAAGUUUGUCCAAUGCUGCCCCUCUAUAUACAGAAGCUCACCUCCAGGGGCAUCAUGAGUGGAUAACGGGCGUGACUGGAGGCGGUGCAUAGGUCAAGGGGUGGAGCCACUGCGGUGGAUGGGCAGUUUUGAGUGGGAGGGAGGUGCUAUAAAUGAUGACCAGUCUUUUCCGCCGGAGUAACGCGAACAGUAACCAUGGCAGUGGUACGCGAGGGAGCGACGCUGCCUCAGGAGAGCUCAAUAGCAGGAGGCCUCCACGUCAGGUCCGGCAUUUGGAGUUUAGCCAGGCUAUGGACGACUUUAAGACGAUGUUCCCCAGCAUGGAGCAUGAGGUUAUCGAGUGUGUCUUGAGGGCCAACCAUGGUGCUGUCGACUCUACCAUUGACCAGCUACUGCAGAUGAGCUUGGACAGCCAGGCCACGGAUGACAGCUCGGAUUCUGAGGACAGCAUCCUUCCAGAGAUCCUGGAGAGAACGCUGGAGUCGGACAGCUCAGAUGAGGAGCCUCCACCAGUCUACGCGCCGCCCUCCUAUGACAUGCACAUCUAUGACAGAAAACAUCCCGUAGAUGUUCCAUCCACACCACCACCCAGGUUUGAUGAUUAUCCUCCUCCUGGGCAUCAGCAGGUCGGCAGAUACAGGAACUGGAAUCCACCGUUACUAGGCAACCUCCCUGAUGACUUCCUGCGUAUCCUGCCUCAGCAGUCAGAAAGUCUUCAGCGUUCUCAAAGCAACCUGUCUCAGCCUUCCUCCUCCUCCUCCUCUUCCUCCCUGUCGUCCCUGACGCAGCUUUCGUCCAGCAGCAGUGCCCUGUCAGGUGGUGUUUGGUCAUCUGAACAGGACAGGAAGUUGAAACAGUACUUAGAGGACGAGCGAAUAGCCCUUUUCCUGCAGAAUCAGGAGUUCAUGAAAGAGCUACAGCGUAACAGAGACUUCCUCAUAGCUCUGGAGAUAGAUCGUCAGAGGUGCGAGAAAACACAGUGUGGUCAUUCAUCUGCUUGCACGGAGAACUCCGCCGAAGGUGAUAAUUGUGGCUUGGGGUCUGAGGAGGCCUGUUCAUCAGUCUCUGACGAUGCCUUAUUCCUGGAGAAACUCAAGCACAUGGGCAAAUCUACUAGGAAGAAGCUCUUUGAAAUUGCUAGAUCAUUCUCGGAGAAGAGCAGAAGAAAGAAGUCCAAAAAGCGAGCUCUGCCCAAACACCAGUCAUAUCCUCACAUGUCCAGCCCUGACAGUCGCUACCUGGAGUUUGCAUCUAUUCUGGGCUCUGCAACCUCCACCGUCAAUCUCCUGGAAGAAGUCGAGGGUCCGCCAUCGGCCGAGGAUGACAGCCAAUUUAAGAGACUCUCAGGAAGAGAGGAAGGGGAGGAGUCAAAGGAAGUGAUGUAAUGGUAAGCACACACAAACACACUAAACAUCCUUAAAUCAUUGGACAAAUUUAGAUAAUUAGCACAUAUUUUUAUGAUCUCUCAGAGAUGGAUGAAUCCUGGCUGGAGCAGCCAGUGGUUUCUGCUUUAGAGAGCUUGUUUCAACAGCUCUGAAGAUUGAAGAAUCAUGAAGAUCGAGAUUUUACUCACUAGUUUCCUGCCAUGCUUAGUUAAACCUGAGCCAUAAAAUCAUCAUAGUUCUAUAUUGUUUGUAAAAUUCUGGUUCAGCAGUCUGGUUUCUGAUGAGGUGUAGCAGAUCUGGUGGUGUUUAGAAGAAUGCUGUGUCGGGACAGUGCUCAUGCUGUGCUGGGACUC